UGCCAUUUUGAUGCCCAUAGUACUGCUUAUGGUGGUUUUUGUGUUUGAACGGUAUUUUCUCUCUCUGCGCAUGUUUAUAUGUGUAUAAAAAUAAUUUACAUUCUAUUUUGACGCGAGCUAUUAACAAAGGAAAACAUGUUCUGGAUGCAAGUGAAUAAUAAGAAAGUAUAAACAAAUUUUAAAGUGAUGUAAGCAGUUUGUCUAGUGAUAAUAAUAAUAAUUUCAUAAAGCAAAUGGCUCGAGUGUUAGUUUACGCACGCUCUGUUGAUGCAGUCUUCAUGGAUAUACAACUGGGCAGAAAAAUGGAUCCUUCUGAAUAUGCAAUAAGAAUAAAGGAAGAGCCAAUCGAUCCAGAGAUAUGCGAUGAUUUCUCGCCAGUUGAUACGAAUACAGGGAAUGAAAAUGAAACAACGACGUUUAAUGGUGAAUCUUCGGAUGGCGUUUAUCGUAGAAAUCGAGAAUCCGCGUUUCCUCAAGAAAGUACAUAUUUAGAAAAUAACAAAUCGGAUCCUGAUAGACGAAAAAGUAAACAUAAAAUACGUUCAAACAACAGAAUAAGUUGUAAUGUUUGUUUGUUAACUUUUCAAACUAAACAGUUAUUGGAACUGCAUAAUAAAUUAUACAGCUGUAAUAUAUUCAAGUGUAAUAAGUGCACUGCGAUCUUUAGUAUGCAUAUUUCGUUGGUACGUCAUUCAAAGAUGCGAUCUUGUACGAAACAAAUGCAUGGAUAUAGAUGUAAUUUUUGUAACCGAAGGUUUUCCUAUAAAAGACAUGUCCAAUCUCAUUUAUUCCAUAUACAUGGGAACGCAAUAUUUUCUGGUGAAAGCAAAAUUACGAAAACAUCUCCUGAAUCGUUAGGAAAGUCGAAUCAUUCGGAUGGCAUAGUCAUGGCAGAAUCAAAUACUUUGCACAGUCUUUCUACAAAAAACGAAAAUAGCCCAAUAAAUAUAUCUUUGAAACCAUCUAAUAGUUCAAACAAUACACCCACCAAGGGUUCGAGCAGCAAGAUCAAGUCUACGCAUUUAAAACGGUUAAGCGAUUCGUAUGGUACACAUUCGAAAAGGAUGAAGCAGACCAUCCUUACAGACUUCAUAUCGCUGUAUAAAGACAAAUCGAAUGACAAGUGGGUUAGCCCGGAAGAAGUUAUCGAUACGGGGAAUAUUCCUGUUACUGCGACUAUUAUUCCAACUUCAACGCUCGAGACAUUUAGUAAGAAGACAUCAACGGCUUCAGAAGUUAUUCAGACGUCUACUUCUGCUAAGCGAAUCGAAUCUCCUGUUAGGAAAAGACCAUUUGUUCAAAUUCAUGUGAAUUCCAAAACAAUGAUAUCUUUAUUAAGGAACGAAAUAGAAGCUGAAUCUGAAAGCUCUAAUACCUCGCACAAUAUGUCUUACAACCUUAGGCCAAUAAAAAGAUGUUCUUCUUCUUUAUAUGAUUUUUACGAUUUAUUGAAGUUUGAGACCUUUGAAAGAUCAAGACAAUCCGUUAAAAGAAACAAGUCCCCCUAUAUGUUUAACCAAAGUGAAAGAUCUGCACCUGAAGCUAAGUGUAAAGAAUGUGUAGUCCGUUUGGAGAAAUGCGACAAGUUCUUGGAGCCUACUAGUUUUGUGUCAAACGAAGACGUAGGCGAGGGCGAAGGCGAAGGCGAAGGCGAAGGCGAAGGCGAAGGCGAAGGCGAAGGCGAAGGCGAAGGCGAAGGCGAAGGCGAAGGCGAAGGCGAAGGCGAAGGCGAAGGCGAAGGCGAAGGCGAAGGCGAAGGCGAAGGCGAAGGCGAAGGCGAAGGCGAAGGCGAAGGCGAAGGCGAAGGCGAAGGCGAAGGCGAAGGCGAAGGCGAAGGCGAAGGCGAAGGCGAAGGCGAAGGCGAAGGCGAAGACGAAGACGAAGACGAAGACGAAGACGAAAAGGAAAAGGAAAAGGAAAACGAAGACGCUUUCAAACAAGCAGUAUCGGAAAAUGUGGAAGAGGAACUUGAAGGUUUUCGUGAGACAAGCUCGGCAGGUAGAUCAAUCGUACGUCAACGAGAGUCGGUUGAGUUUAAGAAGAACUUUAAGGUUAAUAAGCAGAAAAUAUUUAAAUGCCAUGUUUGUAAAGCAUCGUUUUCUUUGAAAAUAAACUUGCGCGAACACAUGAAAUUGUUCCAUCCGAUUUACAUGUCGUGCAUAUGCAACGCGCGUUACACGUCCAUACAUAAGUUAGUAGAUCACUAUCUACGUCAGCAUAUUGUGUUUAAUCGAAGGGAAUGUUGCGCGUGUUAUGAGAAGUUUGGCACGUCGGCAAUGUUGAAACAGCACAUGGUUUCGCAUUGUUUGAAGACCAUAAGAUCAGAAAACGACUCUCUACUGGUUGAUGUUGAAAUAAAUUGCAACGCAUUCCAGAAACCACACAAAUGCAAAGGUUGUUGGAAACGAUUUUGGCUAUACUCGUGUUUGAAACAACAUGAGAAUGUAUGUCGUCGAAUGAAAGUGUUAAUAGAUGAACAACGUGCAUCUCGUAUAAACCAUUUGUCUCGGUUCUUGAAAGAACCAAGUGAAAUGGAAGUCAGCAUAGUACAGUCGCCUGAUUUGGAACAAAUGUUGGAUGUUCCGGGUGGGACGACAGGAUCUUUGGAAAAUUAUUUGGCUCUGAGUACGCUUAUUACCGAUGAUACUUUCUCUUCGUCGUUCGAUACAGCUGCAAAGAAGAAAAGGCUACUUAAUGGGAUUGCAUGCGUAAAGGGUUACCAAGUGAACCAAAUGAACAGAACAAGGUUUCCUUGCACUGUUUGUGAGACACAAUUCCGAACAUUUCAAAGUUUGUGCAUACACGAGCGCACCUAUUGCCAAACAGCCACCGAAAAGUGUAACGUUUGUAAAACAAUGUUUUCCACUAAACGAUUAUUACAGCUUCACGUGCUUGCUACUCAUAUGCCUUUGUGCUCGGUGAGCUGCAAUUUCUUUUGUAAGUUCUGUAAUCAAGGAUUUGUUAAGAAAUCGAGUCUUCAAAUUCACGAACGACACUUCCAUAUUCGGCAGAAUCCUAAACCGGUGCUGAAUUCCGAUUGCCUUUCGAAAGAUAAACAAAUCUGUGAUACAUGCAAUUUGUUAUUCGAAUCCUACGAACAUUUUGUCGAGCAUAACAUGUAUUAUUACAAGGGCGAAGAUUUUUUAUGCGCAGUAUGUGGUAAGUUGUUUCAAGGAAUGUACAAGUUUCAUAAUCACAACAAAUUGGAGCAUUAUCCGGACAAAUUACGGGAAUUGUACUCUUACAAAUGCGAUACUUGUAACGAAGGCUUCAGCUACGAAUCACAUUUCCACGCUCAUAAGCUACACGUUCAUUCGCAGGAUACGCCCGCUGACGAGACGCGCGACCGCGAUACAUCGGAUCAAACUUUUCGCAUGUGUUCAUGAUUCUUUGGAUAAAUUAAGAUAAUCAUAGAAUAAAAGCAUAGAGAAUAUUCAAUUAUUUGAUUUAUAGAUCGUUUCAAAAUCAAUUUUCGCGGUAAUAUACAGAAGAAUCGGCCUAGAUUGAGACGUACAAUAAUACAUGCCAAGUACACACACACAUACGAAGCAAAUGAUUUCUAAAGCGUUUUUUAAGCCAUGUAUUCGCAUUUUCCAUAAUACGCAUGAAAUGUAUCGAUAUUUGUUGAAAUAUACUUUACAAGUCAAAUCAACGCUUCUGACCUAGUACAAACUACGCUCGACUCAAACAUCGAGCACUGAGUGAAGUUUGGGUGUCAGCCUUAGGCGCUGCCUGUUCAUUGUUUGCGAUGGUCUCAGUUUGUUGAACCAGAAGAUGUCAAGCAUUCUAGGCUAGACGAACAGCCAGAAAACGGGUGAACUAGAUAUUCUCAUACUGUCUCUAACUUUAUUUAAUAUACAUCGUUUUGUUCACUUGAGAGAUAAAGCGAAGAUCUAAUCGUCGGCGUUAUCGUAUCGUUUACUAAGUGCCGCUUGAAACAGCUUAAUGAAAAUUACGAUAGAUCGAGUAAUAAAUUUGUCUGCUUUUCUUUGAACGCGUUAUAUUUGUGUGCUUUUAUAUACGUACAUGUUUCUCUCUGUGCGUGUACGUGCGCGCGCGCGCUCGUGUAUAUUUUAUCAAUUACGUUGAUCAUUAUCCUAUUUCAUUGCGUAAAAUUUUUUGUUAGAUGGAGUUUCUCGUUCGGCGUGCGCGUUUGCUGAUUUUCACAUUUUGUAAAUUGUUUUUGGUCAACGUAAAGGUUUGAGAAAGUUAGAAAAUAAAUGAAGCGAGGCUAAGUAAAUGUUGCAAUUUCUUUUUUUAAAUGCUGAUAUUGGUCAUUUUCAUUCCAUUGAAAUGUUUAUUCGUUAUAAUUAUUCGUUUAAACGUCCGCUCGAUAUAAUAUAACAUUCGUUGAAAAAUGAACAAACCUAUUAAUUAAUAUCUGAUAUUGCGAUUAAAAAUAAAUUCAUUUCGUUUAUCACACGUGAAAUGAUUAUAUGAUAAGUUUCAUAUUUGACAGAUGACUAAUUUAAAUAUGGAUCGUAAUUACAAUUUUCAUUAUGAGAUGAUUUAUUUAUUUACUUACCCAGCUAUCGAUUAAUGACGUCGAAUGAUAAUUGUACGGGAACGAUAAUGCUUUGUAAUGUGCGAUUAAACUAUUUCGUUAAAUAUUCAGUAAAUUAAUAUUUCAAUUUCCAUCACAGCGCCGGUUCAUUCGAUUCGAUAAUCGAGAGGAAUAUGAGAUCAAGAACGAUAUGUAUCGCUAUGAAAGCGUGAAUUAAAAUUGUCGUACUAGAAUUUCUAUAAAGAAAUAAGAAUUGAUGUUUAUAUCGAAGAAUAGUUAUAGCGCGUAAUCAAAUAAAUUUGUUGUUUCACGAGCUCUCACCGGUUCUGCCGUACAACGAAACGAACAGUUGUACGAUUAUAAAAGCUAACAUUUGUAUUUUUCUAAAAAUUAGAAAGCUGGCAAACUUGAUAGAUUUCUCGGGAAAUUUGUAGAUUUUAAUAGUAUGAUAUGUACUGUUUUUAAAAGUGUAGAUAUUCUUUAAUAAACUACAUUUUCUAGAAAAUAA